AAAAUGUUAAAAUAUACAACAAUAAUGUUGAUAUUCAUAGUUUCCAAAGGAAAGCCAAAAUCAAUAUUUUCAUUUAGCGAUGUCUUACAUGGCGACCUUUGGACAGAGAGAACAAUAAAUCCCCUGGUUAAUCAGCCCACCCACGCGUUACCGACACGCGGAAUACUAACCAGGUCUCCCCGAGCUGGCGGAGAUUAUAGGACGCCCGAUCCGAGAGAGAUACCUUUCCCCGAGGGAGAAGCCCGAGUUGAAUCAAUGAAGACAUGUCUAGCAUUUUGUACUGCUUCAAUUUAGAAUACUUUCGACUCAAUCUGAUCACAAGAUAAUAAAGAUUUACGAUUGGAAUGUCUACUGAGUAUAUUCUAUAAGGAGUAGAAUUUCGACGCUCAGUUAAAGUUGUUCCUGUCCAAUAAAUGAUAAAGCAACAAAUCUUAAAGGUGGUUCUUUUUAGAAUUCUGUUUCUCUUUUUAAAGAACAUCCGUAAUUUCGAGUAGACCGUUUUCAUGUAUAGACUGACAGCAUAUUGUGAUUUGAAUAACACUUUUUCCCGAUGAGGCAGUUCUGCAACUAGGAACACGACAUAUUCAGUCAAUAGAGUAAAGUUUUAUUCUGGAUUUAUCAAUGAAAUAUUUUGUGAUAGCUGGAUUCUUGGUGCGGGUCUUUUAGAGGUUGUAAUAACAUACGACCAAUGGCAACCUGUGAAACUUUUGAGAUGAGCCCACUUGAUAAAUAUACUGGAGGUUCUAAACAAACCAUAUGUAACAUUUGUUAAUAUUCAAUAGAAAAAUUCAUAGACCUAAUGCGAAUUAUAAGCCUAGUUUGGACUCCGCAACGUGUUACAAAUAUCCUUGUACCAACACGUUAUAUUCACCACUUGUUUAAGAAUGGACGGCCUAGGACAUGAUUUUGUAAGUAGAACCGUUAACAUUUUCAUCGCCAUUUUCGCUGUCCUGAUUAUUAUCGGCACCGUGUUUGGAAACAGUUUGGUGAUUCUGUCCAUCCUGAUGGACCGUCGCCUCCAUCGCGUGGGCAACAUCUUCAUCGUCAGUCUCGCUCUCAGCGACAUCCUUGUGGGUCUGUGUGUCACCCCCUUCGCCUUGGUCUAUCAGCUCCAAGGGGUUUGGAAUUUUGGCUCAAUCUUUUGUGACUUUUGGAUCUCCAUGGACAUUAUCUGCUGUACUGCAAGUAUUUUGAAUUUGUGCGUCAUUAGUUACGACCGAUACAAUGCAAUAUCGCAGCCUCUUCACUACGCGCAAUUUCGGACCGUCAGACGAGCGCUCUGUCUAGUAAUCCUUGCAUGGACCUACUCCAUUGUCAUUGCCUUACCCCCUCUUCUUGGGUGGAAAACGCCCAAUCAAAUGACGAUAAACUCCUGUGUUAUUUCCCAAAACAUUGGUUACACGUUCUUUUCCACUAUCGGGGCCUUCUACCUUCCCUUGGCCAUUAUGUUGUGUUUUUACUGCAAAAUUUUUCAAGUUACGUGGUUAAGAGGUAAACAGUGGGUAAGAGGCCCUGGGAAUAGUUUGAUAAUCAAAUUUCGUCAGAAAAAGGGACUUUACUCCUACAAUACUUUUCGAUAUUGUUGUGACACUGGAAAGAAAGAAGGUAAAAACUUGUCUAUUGAAAAGAACAGUGAUGAAUCUAAAGAAAAUCAUAUUGAGAAAGUGACUGUCGACAACGGUAUGCAACCAAGUUUUGUUCACCAAAUAAAUAUUGAGAAACCUGCAUGUACCAAAUCAAAACGACCAACUCUGGUUCGUCAGAUUUCCUACCUGUCAAGCACAGAUUCAGGAUACACUACUUCCGGUGAAGCUUCAGUAUCAAGUGAUGCGAGGGAAGACCAAGGGUGCAUGCCGAGCAUAGCAGAGGACGAAAUUAUUACAGAAAUAGUUGACAUAGAAACCGGAAAACUGAUUAUUAAAGGUCGGGGUGGUCAGGACACUAACGGCGUUAAUAUUCCAAAGAGCAUUUCCAAACCCACCGUCACGGGAAAAAAAGGUCACGUGACAACUGCUCGCAAACUGCGCCGCUUAAAGCGCAAAGAUACCAUAUCUCUGCCCCAAGAGCGCAGGGCAGUCCGUACACUCGGGAUCGUUGUGGGCUGCUUUCUGGUCUGUUGGCUUCCGUUUUUUAUCAUUGCCAUUCUGGUACCGUUGUGUCCCCACUGUGUGUUCCCAAAGGCUGUGCAGAGUUUGGCUCUUUUCCUGGGGUACUUCAACUCGGCCUGUAACCCUGUCAUCUACACCUUCUUUAACAAGGAAUUCAGGGCCGCCUUUAAGAAAAUACUCUGCUGCAAGUUCAACGUAUCUGCACCGACUUAUUUGUAAAACUUAAAGUCAGUUAGUAUAUACGUC